AUGAAGAAACCCAGCACAGAGAUGGAUCUUCUGAAGACAGCCUUGGACUUCCACAAACUGGGAAAGCUUGAGUUUAGUGGCAUCAAAGGAAAUGCCCUGAGUCAGCAGGUCCAGCAAAUGUUCGAGGAAUUUCAAGAGAUGUACAGGGUCUUCUCAGAGGCCUCCUAUGACUGCAUGGACCUCCAAAGCAGGCUGCUAGACAUAGCAGGAAACCUCCUCAAAAGACCACUGGUAGCACAGGAGACAUCUGAUAAAUACCUGGUCCUCAUCCAAAUGUUCAACAAAGACCUGGAUGUGGUGAGGAUCAUCUACAAUCAGCAUGUCCUGGAGGAGGCAGAACUUGGGUUCUCCCCAGUGCACAAGAACAUGCCCACUGUGGCCGGUGGCCUCCGCUGGGCACAGGAGCUGAGGCAGCGCAUCGAGGGGCCCUUCAGCAACUUCAGACGCAUCCCGCAUCCUUGCAUGGAAUCUGCUGAAGGAAGGCGAAUGUUACAAAAAUAUGAAGAUACGCUCUCAUUGCUGGACAAGUAUGAGACCAGACUUUAUGAAGACUGGUGUCAGACAGUGUCAGAGAAAUCACAGUACAAUCUUUCCCAACCACUUCUGAAACGUGACCCAGAGACAAAGCAGAUCACUGUCAACUUUAAUCCACAG